GAGCGGUGCAAGAGUACUUCGCGUCUUCUUUAAAAUUCUGUUUUGUAAUUCACUUCAUUAAUAAAUAAUACUUCUUCGGUGUCAUGGCGGAAUCUGCAGCCUGUCCCGCAUUCCAGCUGGGGAGACCCCGUUAUGACCAGAGCUGCUUCUUUGGCAGGUUGAGACACUUCCUGGAUGUGAUCGACCCAAGGACCCUCUUUGUGUCUGAGAGCCGUUUGAAUGAGUGCAUUCGACUCCUCGAUGAUUUUAAACAUGGGACUCUGCCACCUGGAGUGUCAGAUGGUCAGCUCUGGGAAGCUCAGAAAAUCAAACAGGCCAUCAUUCACCCUGACACUGGGGAGAAGAUCUUCAUGCCAUUUAGAAUGUCAGGUUAUGUCCCAUUUGGAACACCAAUAGUCGUGGGCCUCCUCCUUCCCAACCAGACCCUGGGGUCAACUGUGUUCUGGCAGUGGCUGAACCAGAGUCAUAAUGCCUGCGUUAACUUCUCCAACCGGAACGCCACUAAGCCCACGCCAACAUCCAAGUUCCUCCAGGGCUACCUGGGUGCAGUGACGAGUGCGGUCUCCAUUGCGGUGGGGCUGAAUGUCAUGAUCCAAAAGGCCCACAGGUUCAGCCCGGCCACCCGCCUGAUGGUGCAGAGGCUCAUCCCUUUUCCAGCUGUGGCCUUCGCCAACAUCUGCAAUGUGGCGCUCAUGAGGCACACCGAGUUGGACGAAGGCAUUGACGUGCUGGACGCCAAUGGCAAUGUGGUGGGCUCCUCCAGAAUUGCUGCCAAGCACGCGCUGAUAGAGACAGCCCUGACUCGUGUGGUCCUGCCCAUGCCGAUCCUGGUUUUCCCGCCCAUAAUCAUGGCUUUCCUGGAGAAACUCCCACUCCUGCAGAAUCACAAGAAGCUGGUUCUGCCCAUGCACAGCAUGGUGUGUCUGGUGGCCUUUGGUCUGGCCUUGCCCCUGGCGAUCAGCCUCUUCCCGCAGAUGUCCCAGAUUGAAGUGUCCCAGCUAGAGCCUGAGAUCGCCAAGGCAACAAAUGACAAGGUUGUAACCUACAACAAGGGGCUGUAACUGGUGGCAACAGGGACAGAAAACAGGGUUGGAGGGAAGGGGAGCGGUGAGACUCCUGCCACACCUCCAGGUGCAGAUGCUUCUGACUUCUAAUCCCGUUCUCAGAACAUAGACACAGAGCUUGGCUGUUACAGUAGAGACUAAUAUUUAACCCUGUGUUUUUAACCCUGGUGUCUUAGAUACAGCAUUAUCUAGCAUUGUGCGAAGCUAAAAUCGGCCAAACCACUCACAACGAGGAGUCAAGCCUAGAGUGGGUCGUACCAUUAUGCAAUGUGGGGGGUUAUUUUCAGUCUUAGUGAAAAGGUGCUGGGAAAAAAGUGAGCAAUAAAGCUUACCUCCAAUGGCACCGGGGGACAGCAAUACCACUAACACGGUCUUUCUGAGAGACUGCAGGCUUACAACACUUGUUUUUCAGGGAAACAAACAAAUUUAGUAGCCAUUUCCAUUGAGUGCAGGGCAAAAGUCACCCACCCCUGAUUUUGACCUUUCAUCAGCAACUUCCUGUGUUGUUUUUCAGUUCACUUAUACACAGGUCAGAACUGGAUUAAAAAACUAAUGUUGAAUGUCAUCAAACGCUCUUG